AUGGCCAGCGCGCCUGCGCCGGCCUGUGGCGACGACCCCCGCGGGCCCUCCGAGUGGCCGUACGAGACGGACGCGGGCGAUCACUUCGAGACGUCGGUGGAGGCGUACCGGGACAUCGCGCCCCUGCUCCGCGUGGCGGCGCGCAGCCGGGCCCGCGCGAGGGGCAGGCCCCUCGCGGGCGCGGAGGAGCGACUCCGCGUCUACGACCCCUACUUCUGCAGCGGCCGCGCCGUCGAGCUGCUCCGUGGUCUGGGCUACCCGCAAGUCAUCAAUCGCCGGCGCGACUUCUACCGGGACAUCGCGGAGGGGGCGGUGCCUAAGUACGACGUGCUCGUCACAAACCCACCGUACAGCGAGGAGCCCCAUGCAAUCCCGUACAUCCCGCACGCCCAGGGCAAGCCCCUGGAGGCCCAGAUCCGCAGUGCCCAUGACCACAAGGAGCGCCUCUUCGAUUUCGUGCUCGGGAGGCAGAGGCGGGCGCGGGACCGUGGCGUGCCCGAGCCGUUCAUGUUGCUGCUGCCGUCGUGGACGAUGAGCAAGGCCGUCUGCAGGAGGUUCCUCCGCGACCUCGCCAAGCUGCCCGAGGCGGGCGAGCCGCGGGUUUUCUUCGCGUGCCCCCGCGGCGACGGGGGCCGGCCUGCCAGGUACAGCUUCGACCACGUCCACGGCGCCGGCCGGCCGGUGUGCCCCUUCUUCGCGGUGUGGGUCUGCGGCGGCUUCGGGCCGAGCACCCGGCGAGCCCUGCGCGCGGCGCGGCGCGGCGCCGCGGAGGGGCUGUGGGACGACGGCGUGUGGCACCCCUGCCGCCCAGAGCCGUGCGGUGCGCCCACCGUGACUGACGUGGGGCGACGGCUCCUGGAGCGCCUUGCCGCCCGAGCGCCUGCGGGGCGGGCGCCUCGUCUUCGCCUCCCGCGGGGAGCUGGAGGCCGCCGGCCUGCUGCGCUCCGCCGAGGACGUGCGCCGGCGCCAGGAGAGGAGAACCCGGGCCAGAGGGCCCGGCGGGAGAGGCACUUCCGGGAGCUGGACAGGAAGCGGGCCGCGGCCCGCGCCGACGGCCAGGCGCGCAAGCGGCGCGCGGGGGCGCGGCACUACGUGAGGCACGAGGGAGACCUCCCCGCGGCCGCGGCCGCGGCCGCGGCGCCCGCCGAGAGCGGGUCGGUCGCCUCGCCCUGCCGGCACUUCUUCUCCGCGAAGGGCUGCUCUGCGGGCGCCCGCUGCCGGUUCUCCCACGAGGAGGAGCUCCUGGGCGAUGCCGCGGGCCCGCGGGUGCUGCUAGUGCACCCGCGCUGCUCCGGGCUGGACGCGGGGGCCCUGCGAUUGCUGCUGCGGGGGAGCUUCUCGAGCGUGCUGUACCUGUCGAGCGGCGUGGAUUGCCUCCUCCGCGACCUGCAGCGCUUGGGGCCCCUUGCCGUGGCCGAGGAGGUCCUCGUCCUAGACCCCCUGCCGCUGACCGACCACGUGGAGGUGCUGGCCCGUCUCUCGCUGGCCCCAGCCGCGACGGCCCCCGCGGAGCCCCUCGAGGUCCUGCCGACGCCGGGCCGUGCGGCCGGCGCCAGCUUGGCGCGCGCGGAGACCCAAGGAGGACGACCUCCGCGCCCGGAGGACUGGCUCUGCGGAAACUGCGGCAACCUCGUCUUCCGCCGGCAUGCGGAGCGGUGCCCGCGCUGCGGCUCCGAGAAGCAGGCGCGUUCCGAGGAGCUCCUGCGCACCAAGUCGGCCCUCGCUGCGGUCGUGAAGGGUGGCCAGCGGGACUGCCAGCAGCUACGCGACGAGUGGCUCACGCGCUGCGCCGUCGCCGCGGGCGAGGGCCGCCUGCCGUCGCGCGACCCGAUGCGCCACUCCCUCGAGGAUCCUUUGACCUGCGAAGCUUCCUGCGCUGGGCGGCGGGCGCCGAAGGCGGCCGCUUCCUGGACGAGGGCGGCUGCCUGCGGCCCUACGCCCAGGUCCUCGCCGCGCACGGCCUGGUGGAGGGGCUGGCCGGCGAGGCAGGCAUCGGCGGAGGCGAGGGCGCGCAAUUGGCGCCGGUGGCCGCGGACCCCGCCCGCCCGCGGCGCCUGGUGGUGGUCCGCGCGGAGCAGGAGUGGGCCGCAGGGCUCGCGAGGGGCCUGCUGGACAGGCUGCGGGGCGGGCCAGGGCGCUGGAUCUGGGCCUCCUCGGACCCUGGCGGCUGCCCCAGCGCUUGCGAGUGGGUGGAGCUCAGGCACGCCGCCCGCUGCUUGGGCGGCGAGUGCGAGGGCCUCGUUCUCUCCGGCUUCCCCCAGCUGCACGCGGACGCUUUCGGCUGCCUGGUCGGCCUGA